AUGCCAAAGAAAAACCUCGAGUAUGAGAUUUAUAUAUUUCGCCAAGCCCGACAAACGACUGACGAAACAUUGGAUCAGUACCACACGCGCCUUCGAAAGCUUGCUACAACAUGCGAGUUUACCGAUGCUGAUCGAGAAAUUAAAACACAAAUCAUACAAAGCUGCGUUUCCACGCGUCUUCGGAGAAAAGCGCUUCGUGAUUCAACGCUUACUCUGAGUGCCUUACUCGCUGAAGGUCGUUCGGUGGAAGUAAGUGAAAAACAAGCUAAAGGCAUCGAGAAAUCCCUCGCAGCCAUCAAGAUCGACGAAAAACCCCCUACUGAAAUCGACGAUAGUGUGAAUGUCAUUCAACAUCAACAACGCCAACAACCACCGUACGCUCGUCGGGAAGCAGUGGAACGCAAGUGUUAUUAUUCGGGUUAG